UGCAGCAUUAUAUGCUGGCAGAAAACUGUUAGAUCCAAUACUAGACACCCCAUCACCCCUUACACCCCCCUCCCCUCCCCCAUUUCCCCACAAUCCCCACCACUUCCUAACUCUAUGAUUUAUCCAUAUCCAGCCCAGGAUUCUUUGCAGCUGGGAAGACUGAUCAUGUAGACAACAUGGGAUCCAGAAUCAAAGAAAGCCCAGAAAGGACAUUCGAGUUAUUUAUCGAGGCCUCAUGUCCAAAAUCAUCAGAUGUUGACCCUGAAGUGCUUAGGCAGUUUCCUGAAGAUUACAAUGACCAGGAAUCUCUGCAGAGCCUGCCCAAAUUCUGCUUUCCUUUCGAUGUGGAAAGGGUGUGGGAGAGCUCAGUGGUCCAGCAGUUCACCUUCGUGCUGACAGAUCUAAAUGGAAACCAACGGUUUGGCUUCUGCCGGCUGACUGGAGGAUCGAAGACCUGCGUCUGCAUCCUCAGUUUCUUGCCCUGGUUUGAAGUUUUCUACAAGCUCCUAAACAAUAUCGCUGACUGCCUGGCAAAAGGACAGGACAAUGAAGUGAAAGAACUCUUAAGAAUCCUGUAUAUUCACCCACCUCCCCAACCAGACUCUCCACUCAAACUUGAACUUGCCCAGAAGCUGGGAGUUACAACAGGACGGUUUCUGAAAGAUCAGAAGAGGGAUCCUAGUAGUGGUAUGCUAUCGCUUUCUUAUUUUAUUGCCCCCGACAGCAACAGCUUACCUACUAUACCAGAGAGUAGGAACCUGACAGAAUAUGUGGUUGCUGUGGAUGUGAACAACAUGCUGCACCUCUAUGCCAGUAUGCUACAUGAGAGACGCAUCAUUAUCACCUGCAGCAAGCUCAGCACGUUAACUGCUUGUGUACACGGCUCAACCUCGAUGCUGUAUCCCAUGUACUGGCAGCAUAUCUACAUCCCUGUGCUCCCUCCACACCUCCUUGAUUACUGCUGUGCUCCAAUGCCUUACGUCAUAGGGAUCCACUCAAGCUUGAUGGAGAAAGUCAGAAGCAGAGCGCUGGAGGAUGUGGUUAUAUUAAAUGUUGACUCAAAUACACUGGAAUCGCCAUUCAAUGAUCUGGAUAAGUUGCCGCCAGAUGUGGUGUCCGUUCUGAAAAUGAAGUUGAAGAAGCAGUCCGCAGUUACUGGCGAUGUGGUGGCAAGAGCCUUUCUCAGGGCACAGGCUGCAAUCUUUGGAAGCUAUCAGGAUGCUCUUAAAUUUAACUCUGAUGAACCAGUCACAUUUUGUGAGGAGAUAUUUUUGAAUCACAAACCUGCCUGGAUGAAGGAUUUCCUGCAACAUGCAGUACAUCUUCAGCUCUUCAAACAGGUGAGACUUGGCUUCCGCCGCCUUCGCCUCCGCACCUAUUUCUUUAACCAAGACUCCCGCCCAUCUAACAGUGAUGGUGUUGGACUGUCUGACAAUGAGGACGUUGGACCGUCUGGCGGUGAUGGUGUUGGACUGUCUGAUGGUGAUGGUGUGGGACUGUCUGAUGAUGAUGGUGUUGGACUGUCUAGCGGUGACAGUGUUGGACAGUCUGUCGGUGAUGGAGAUGGACGGUCCGACAGUGAUGGUGUUGGACUGUCUGACAGUGAUAGUAUUGGAUUGUCUGAUAGUGACAGUGUAGGACUCUCUGAUGGUGACGGUGUUGGACUGUCUGACGGUGAUGGUGUUGGACUGUCUGAUGAUGAUGGUGUUGGACUGUGUGACAGUGUUGGAAUGUCUGGCGGUGACAGUGGUGGACUGUCUGGUGGCGUUGGAUUGUUUGACGGUAAUGGUGUUGGACUAACAGUAUUGAACAUUUUGAUGGUAGUGGACUGUCUGAUGGUGAUGGUGUUGGACUUUCUGGCGCUGUUGGACUGUCUGAUGGUGACGGUAAUGGACUGUCUGACGGUGAUCGUGUUUCUUUCUGACCGUGAUGGUGUCGGACUGUCUGAUGGUGAUAGUGUUGGACUGUCUGAUGGUGAUGGUGUUGGAUUGUCUGAUGGUGAUGGUGUUGGCCUGUCUGACGAUGACAGUGUUGGACUCUCUGACAGUGAUGGUGUCGGACUGUCUGAUGGUGAUUGUGUUGGACUGUCUGAUGGUGAUGGUGUUGGAUUGUCUGACAGUGAUGGCCUGUCUGAUGGUGAUGGUGUCGGACUGUCUGACGGUGAUGGCCUGUCUGAUGGUGUUGGACUGUCUGAUGGUGAUGGUGAUGGUGAUGGUGAUGGUGUUGGAUUGUCUGACAGUGAUGGCCUGUCUGAUGGUGAUGGUGUCGGACUGUCUGACGGUGAUGGCCUGUCUGAUGGUGUUGGACUGUCUGAUGGUGAUGGUGAUGGUGUUGGACUGUCUAACGGUGAUGGUGUUGGCCUGUCUGACGGUGAUGGUGUUGGACUUGACGGUGUGGGCCUGUGUGAUGUUGUGAUUUUUUUUCUCUGUUUGCAGAAAGGUGGUGGAGCUCUGAUUCACACAGUGAGAUCCAAGACCAAUCCAGCCAUGAAGAAUAUGUAUAAAUAUGCUAAAGGUCAAGCUAAAUUGGGACUGAAGGAUUUGAAAAGUCGACUGAAACACAAGGAGUUGAGUGUGGAGCGAGGGGUUCAGCGCGGGGGCUCCCUGAGGUGUGAGUCCAUAGGAGGCUCCUCCCAUCAAAGGCGUAUGCAGUCGGAGAGUUUACAGAAUCGCCUGCCCAUCACCCAGCACUUUGGCCAGUCUCGUCCUCGGCGACCAGCUCCUCGCUCCACCAACGCAGAUGCUGCGCUGCCCCCUGGGAGAGACAGAUCCAACAGUAGAGAGCUGGGGCUGGAGAGCUCACUGGACACCAUUGAAGAUGAGCUUCUGGAUUGUAACCUUCUGCAGGAUGAGGAUAUGGAUCUACUCGGUGAGAUCUUUGACACGCUCAGCACACGGACAGUACAUGACAAGGGUCUUCUGUAUGGUACUCGCAGCCUUGAUUUCUACAACUUGGAUUCAAUGGAGGAUAUCCGUAGGGUUAAAGACAUCAAUCCCAGUGAUGAAAACCUCACCAGCAAGAGUCGGAGGGAGUCUGUACCAGCUCAACCUGGCAGUUGGGGUUUGGACGGUUCUGCAGAGUGUGUGAAGUCCCUGUCAGCUUCUCUGGAUGAAUCGUCGGGCCUAUCGUCAGUGUCCAAUAGCCAGCCAGACCUCAGAGAUUCUGGCAGUCUCUCCAGUAGCAGUCAUGAAGAAAACAUACCAGCUCCCAAAGCAGAGACGUUGAAAUGCAAUUCUCUGAUCAACAACAACACAACAGAUCCUGGAUCAACAGAGGAGCCUUCAUCCAACUCCCUGUCUGGCAAAGCUAAUGAUAAAUGUACAGGGAUUCACUGGGAUAAAGGAUCUUCACUAGCCCAGUUCGAUGAAACAUUGGCUGAAAAUGGAGAUUCUCAGCUGGAGGUGAGCAAGAUUAGAGGUGAAGUGCAAACUGAGACUGUAGGGCUCAGUGAACUGAAACUAUCUGAAGGUGAAUUGAAGCAGCACCGUGGACAAGAAGCAGCGGGGGAUCAUGUUGAGAAUGCAGUCGUGUCCACAGAGAUUAUACCUGACCAGACCAAGAACACUGAAAAACUUCCACCACCAACUGCUCCUAAAACAUCAACCAUGGGGCGGAGAGCAAGGCUGACUGCCCAGGCCAACAAAGGAUUAGAUGGUAGUGAUACAAAGGGGGAGAGUUCCAAUGGCCAGGAAAUGGGAUCCAAGGAGCCAGUUUCACACACCGAGUUCCCUCUGUCUGCUCCUGCAGGCAUGCCCACUGGUGGGGAGGAAACAACUCCCCCCAUACAGUCUGCCCUCUCUUAUUUCAAGGCUCGCUCAGGGGAACAAAAGGCUGAUUCGGUGAGAGGGAAGGUGCACCAGUCACCAGCCUCAGCAGGGGGGAGCCUGGGCAGAAGUGGCAAAGCCGAGUGUAAAGAGGACCUUAAUGCAGGAAAGGCCGUAUCUGAGCUCACCACCUCAAAUAAUGGGAGUCCAGGCAAAAGUUCACCAUCUCCAGAGAGCGAGAAACAGAUACCUGAACCAGCAACACCUAGUGAUAAAGAUUCUGACAUUACACCUCCCAAAAAAGUUUCAGAGCUAAAGAAGAGAUUUGAAUCCUAGCAAACAACAGAAUUUCUAAUUGACUUUUUCCGAGGUUGGGGUAUGUGUUUUCCCAACCGAAUAUUGGAUAUGUUGGGUUUCUGAUCUUUGCUUUGUGGUUGUGUGGCAUGUCACACAUUAGUUUCCAGAUCAGUGACCAGAAUUUUUUUUUUUUUACUUAUAUCCAAGAACUGAGCUGAAGCCUUGAAAGAUGUCCAUUGUAAACUGGAAGAGCGAUUUUUAAUCUUUCCAUUAACUUCUUCCACUCAGUAACUGUUUUAAGAAAUGGCCUCCUGAACAAUGACUCAAGCUCUAGAAAUGUCCAGAGGAGGGGUAGGGCCUGGUAUUUAGAAAGUAAGCCAAUAUUUUUUCAGAGUUUUCUAUAUUUAAAAGAGCAAUGUGCAGCAUAGGGGCUGCAAACAGGUCCUCACACAAUUGGCUUUGUGACAGGACAAGAAAUAUGUUAUUAGUUGUGUGAAAUAGAGUGCAAAUCUGAGAUAACUUGUUCAACAUCCUGCACAUUUGCUUAAAGUGCAGGGGAUACCUAAACAAAGUAAAUCUUUGUCUUAAAUCUU